UCUCCCAAAUUCAUGCAGUUGCAGUCUCUAGAAGCUAAUCUAAUCUUUAAGCUUACUUUUGCUUUUACUCUUUCUCUUAUCUCCUCGUUUUUCUCAAUUAUCCAAUUCAACUUCUUCAGUGACUUUACACUCAUCUUCUGAAGAAAUGGACAAAAAUGUAGCUCAGUCCCCUCUUGAGGGAAAUGGGUUGGCUUCAUUUGACCAGAAACUAGCCAUGGCAAAGCGAUGUUCUCAUGAGGGCGUAAUGGCUGGGGUAAAGGCGGCUGCUCUGGCGGCCAUUGCUACUGCAAUUCCUACUUUUGCAAGUGUUAGAAUGCUGCCUUGGGCCAGAGCUAAUCUCAACCCCACUGCUCAAGCUCUCAUCAUCUCUACAGUGGCUGGUUCCGCAUAUUUUAUAGUUGCAGACAAGACAGUGCUGGCUACGGCAAGGAAGAACUCAUUCAAGGGUCACACUGACACAGAUGCUAACUUUUAAGUCGGAUCCAGACAUGAAUCGGCUCCCGGAGUCUUUCUGUUUCUCUCUCCUUCCCUUUCGUCUGGAGUAGGGUCCCUUCCGUUGUAUGCAAGCCCAAGGUUGUCAAUGUAAAUGUCUGAUUAUAAAUAAGGAAAUUGGGUUCCGAAUUACGAUCGAAUCAGAAUUUCGCAA